AUGUCUUCCAAAGAGCGGGCCGCUAGCGGCAUACCAGGCCACACCAGCGCGGAAGUCGGUCAGGCGUCGAUUCCAACACCCGACCCGCCAUUUAUUCGGUGGAUCAAGGAGCAGCACGCUGCCGCCUUGACCCGCUGCGAUGCCGACGGUAACGACGACUUCAGCGACGACUUCGGCGACGACUACGGCGAUGGCGACGAUGGCGGAAGCGACGCCGAAAACGACGGCGAGUCGGGCGACUCGUACGAUAUCGACGAGUACCACAGAGGGCUGCCAGGAAGGCCGUUUGACUUAACAGACGAUAUGUUUCGAGACGGAGAAACGGAUCGAGUCAGAGAAACGGAUCGAGAGUGGGAAACCGAUGCAGAGGCCGAGGUGGGUCGCGUGGGGGAACGGGAUUUCGGAGUCCCAUGGCACGAAAUCCAGGCAGGCGAAACGGAAGGGGAGGGAUUAACGGAGCACGCGGCGCGGAAGAUGCGGCAGUGGAGCAACGCGGAGCUGAUGGAGCUCGCAGCGGCUGUCGUUUUCUGCCGGCACAGCGGGGAAGUCACGCGGCGGAGAGGCAGCAGGGGGAACGCUUACUGGCGGCAGGUGUGGCGCGUGAUCCGGCGGGGGAAUCCCGAAUGGCGGCGCAUCCCGACGGCGAUGUCGCAGCAGUGGAAGCGCAUGAAAUCGCGCUACGACGCGGAAACUCUCGAUCCACGGCGGAAGCGGCGGCAGCGGCGGGGGACGGGGUGGUGCCCCGCAAAUGGGACGACGGGCACGGAGCAGCUGGCGGGGGGCGCGGAGCAGCUGGCGGGGGGCGCGGAGCAGCUGGCGGGGGGCGCGGAGCAGAGAGGUGGCGCGAGACAGCAGACGGGGGGCGCAGAGCAGUGGGCAGGGGGCGUGGGGGGACAGCAGGCGGAGAGCGCGGAGCAGCAGGCAGGGAGCGCGGAGCAGCAGGCAGGGAGCGCGGAGCAGCAGGCGGGGGGCUCGGCUCAACAGCGGCAGGGGGGGUCUACUAACGCGGAUGAGCGGGCCAUAGCAGAGGAGAGCACAUUCGGGGCGAGCACUGUCGCGGAAGGCGGAGCUCCCCAAGACUGCCGCUUCCAGCCGCUGACGCUGCUCCCAGAGGAUCACGAAGACGCGGAGGCUUGUAACGAGUACGACUACGCGGCGUGCGCGGAGGAGGACCUCGACGCGUAUCUCGAGUCGCUUCCCAAGUCGAACCGAUGGACAGAAUUGGAGGCGUCGUGCGCGUGGCUGGACCAGGCCAACAUCCGCAUCGAGGAGCUCGACCUCACACAUGGGCUGCCGGAGCACCUCGUCCUCAACCAGCCACGUGCCGAGCACGCGCCUGACACGCAUCACCCACGCGCUCCUGCUGGCGCUGCUGCUGCUGCAGCUGCUGCUACAGCCGCGUUCCCUCUGCCUCCUGCCGUCCCUUCCGCUUCUGCUGCUGCAGCCGCGACAGCAGGGGAUCUUCCCCACAAGCUCUCGUCCCACUCCUCCUUUUCAGGUGUUUCCACUAACACACAGCAGCACAAGCAGCACCCCACGCUCCGGUCCCUCUCAUCCUCUCUCCUGACCCACCUCGGGUUCUCCCCCCGGCCCCACUCUUCCCCCCGCUCCUCCCCCUCCCCCUCCGCCUCCGCCUCCGCCUCUCCAAUCAAAACCCGCCAGAAUCCCAGACGGCAGAGCAAGGAGUUCGCACUCCGGGCGAAAUCGCAGCAGCAGAUUCACCACUUCCAGCACCCAUCGGCACCGCUCCCCAUCCCUCACCACCAUGCCAGUUCCUCCCCUGGUGUGCCCCAUGGCCCAUUUCAUCAGUCGUCCUCCUCUCCUGGCGUCCCCUUAGGUCCACUCCACCACUCUUCCUCCUCCCCGGGCAUGACUGUAGGCCCACUCUACCAAUCCUCCUCUCCUAAACUGCCCCUGGCGCCCAUUAACCAUACCUCCUCCUCCCCUGGUCUUAAUAUCUCCCAGGCCUCGUUUCACCACUCUUCCUCCUCUCCCGGAAUGUUGAUCCAUCCCAGCGCCGUUCCCUUAACCAAAUUUAUUGUACCGGAGAACAGCGGGGUGCAAUACCAACCAGGCGUUCUUUACAGUAACAUUGAUGGGGCCGAUAUGGGGGGCAGCAGUGGCAUCUACAGCGCGAAAUUCAAUGAUGCGGAGGAAGAAAUCACGGGUGUAGAAAUCAUUGGGGCGAGUAACACGGGGCGUGGAAGGAAGAUUAAGGUGUGGAUGGGAGAUGCCCCUCGUGCUAAUGUGGGUGUGAGUGCGUAG